CGUACCUCGGCAGCGGCACCGACACCCUCCGCCACCCGCGCCCGGCCCCUUCCCCACCAGCGGCGGGGAGGUACAAAGCGGGGCCCUGGCCCCGCCCUCCCGAUGCUUGUGGACCGGGGAGGCGCCUGCCGCCUGCGCCGGGCCCAGCCUCAGCAGCGAGAGUGUCCGGCUAAGGCAAGCGGCGGGCUCCAGCCGCGCCUUGCGCCCGGCCCGGCGGGAGGCGGCGGACCCGCAGGAUGUGAUGGAGCUCUUAGAGGAAGACCUCACCUGUCCCAUUUGUUGUGGCUUGUUUGAAGAUCCUCGGGUUUUACCUUGUUCUCACAACUUUUGCAAGAAGUGUUUGGAGGGGAUCCUAGAGGGAAAUGUCCGGAGUGUGGUCUGGAGACCACCCCCACUUUUCAAGUGUCCUACCUGCCGGAAGGAAACUCCUGUUACAGGAAUCAAUAAUUUACAAGUCAACUAUUCCCUGAAAGGUAUUGUGGAGAAGUAUAACAAAAUAAAAGUAACUCCCAAAAUGCCCAUGUGUAAGGUGCACAAUGGGCAGCCCCUCAACAUUUUCUGCCGGACAGAUAUGCAGCUGAUAUGUGGUGUCUGUGCCACUCGAGGUGACCACACAAAGCACGUAUUUUGCUCCAUUGAAGAUGCCUAUUCACAGGAGAAGCGUGCUUUUGAAACCCUGUUUCAGGGCUUUGAAACAUGGCGUUGUGGGGAUGCGCUCUCCCGGCUAGACACCUUGGAAACAAGCAAGAGGAAAGCGCUGCAGAUGCUGACAAAGGACUCAGACAAAGUGAAAGAGUUCUUUGAGAAGCUGCAGCACACGCUGGAGCAGAAAAGAAAUGAGAUUCUGUCUGACUUUGAGACCAUGAAGCUUGCAGUGAUGCAGGCCUAUGACCCAGAAAUCAAUAAACUGAACACCAUUCUACAAGAGCAGCGAAUGGCUUUUAAUAUUGCAGAAGCCUUUAAGGAUGUGUCUGAACCCAUUAUAUUUCUGCAACAGAUGCAGGAGUUUAGGGAAAAAAUCAAAGUGAUCAAGGAAACCCCUCUGCCUUGUUCCAGUGUAGACCUCAAUCCCACAAUAAAGAACUUCGAUACCAGCCAGUGGGAUGGUAUAAAACUAGUAGAUGUGGACAAGCUUUCUUUGCCUCAGGAAAACAGCAUGCUUAAUUUCAAGAUUUCCUCAGUCUUUUCACACAAAUGUAUAGUGACUUCUCUGAUUUGCUUAUUUAUCCUUGCAGCCACCAGAAUGACCUUUGUGGAAUCUGUCUUUGACAAUCUUCAGUACUGGAAAACUCAACUUUUUACAAUUGGCUCAUCCUAUCUGGUAGACACUGCAGAGAUAGCUGACCAUGCCGUGUUUUACUGGGAGCAAAUGACAGAUGGAGCUUCACUUCUAAGUGAAAAGUGCAAAAAUUAUACACUAGUGGUAUUGGAUAAUGUUGCACAAUUUGUGUGCAAAUAUAAACUGUUAUAAUGUCCACUACCAAAGCACAAAU